AUGGCGAGACCAUCUCGUCGAUCCCAGGUUCAGGCUGCCCAUGCCGCUCAAGGCCAGAACCAGAACCAGACUCCUCAGCAGGGUCAAGCAGCUCCUCAGGAUGGGGCCGAAGGCACUGUCCGUAUCACUCGCCACAUCUCUGGACCACAAUCGGCUUUGACCGACUACCUUGCCGCACACAACAUCUCUGCAAACCAGAUUCGCCGGGAUGCAGACCAGCGUCGUGCUGCUGCUGCUGCCCAGAACCAAGCAGACAAUGCCAACGGAGAUGACGAUGAGGAGACCGAGGCCGGCCCUUCAACAGCGUCUGCCGGGGCUGCCCAGUCCGGCCGCAAUGAGAAUGCAGCUGAGAAGGCGAAGCGUCAGAAGAAGGAGCAGAUGGCCAUUGCAAAGAUCAAGGCCUCCAAAGCGUUUAAGAAGCGCAAGCACCGGGGCAUGGAAUCAGAGGAUGAGGACGACAUAGCACGCGCCCUCUUCGAGCAGAUGGCCCAACCCUUGCCAGGCCAGAUGGAUAACUGCGCUAUUUGCAAGAAGCGCUUCACCGUCACCGCCUACUCUCUGAGUGGCCCUGAGGGUGGUCUACUCUGCGCGCAGUGCAGCAAGGACGAGGCUGCCAAGAAAGGCAAGGGCAAGCAGAAGCCCAAGAAACCCGUAGGUGGCCAGGGUAAGCGUCGCAAGAUGCAGAGCAACAUCCUCGACGGCACAUACCAGACUGGCGCCAAGAACUUGACCACUCUCUGCAUCGAGACUCUGGCCAAGAAUGUCGAUCUCGCCGACAGCUUGGGCGAUUUGCCGGAGCAGGUGGUGGACAAGAUUGCGCGACUCUUCUCCAAGCGUCGACUGCUCAGCCCCGUGACGCUGCCUCUGUUUGUGCAGCCGUCGACCACGGUCCUUCACAUUUACGACGGCGCCAAGCUGGGCUCCAACGAAUUCGAGAGCAUCUUCCAGACGGCACCCAACCUCAAGAGAUUCAAGGCUCGCAACUCGAUUCAGUUCAAGGACGAGGUCAUGGACUAUCUUCUGAGUCGCGAUAUCAAGCUUACGCAUUUUAUUCUUCACGGCGCCAACCUCCUCAGCGAUGAGAGCUGGACCAAGUUCGUCCAGCAGAAGGGUGCCCAUCUGGAAGCCAUUCAGGUCUACUACACGGACAAGCACGUUGGCGACGAGCUGCUCGCUCUUCUCCCCGAGACUUGUCCCAACCUGAAUCGCCUCAAGGUCUACCACAACCAAAAGGUCACCAAUGUCGGCGUCAAGUCAAUCGCCGACAUCAAGUCUCUGAAGCACCUCGGCCUUCAUCUGCAGCACGAUAUCACCUCCAAGAGCCUGGCCCACAUGAUCCACGGUGUAGGCAAGGAUCUGGAGACGCUUUCCUUGAAAAAGAUGCCCACGGCCAACGACGAGGUGUUGACUGCGAUCAGAGAAAGCUGCCGUUCCCUCAAAAAGUUUCGCAUCACCGACAGCGAGCACAUGACGGACGAGGGAUUUGCGGACCUCUUUAACAACUGGGAAAACCCCGGUAUCGAGAUCAUUGACCUCCAAAAGUGCCGCUACCGCGACUCGACCAAGCCCCGCGAGAACGAAGACGGCAUUGGUCUCUGCUCCGACGGAUUCCGUGCCCUAAUGAAGCAUUCCGGCAAGAAGCUGAAGAACCUCAACAUUCACGCUUGUCGUCACAUCAAGCGAGAGGCGUUCGAGGACGCCUUCUCUGAGGAGGACCAGUACCGCAACCUCGUCAAGCUCGAGAUCAGCUUCAUCGAGGAGGUGGAUGAUUUCGUUCUCGGACGCAUCUUCCGAAGCUGCCCCAACAUUCGCGAGAUCAAUGUCUUUGGAUGCAUGAAGGUCAAGGAUGUCCGGGUCCCCAGAGGCAAGGUCGUGGUUGGCGUUCCGAACGCCAUGGGAAUGGUCGUUGAAGGUCGCGAUGAUUAA